UCUUUAAAGAAAAUAGAAAACGGAAUUAUACAUCGCAUCGUCUCCUUUCUCUUUCUUUGGUUGGUCACUUGUGAGUUUUCCCGGAGGUUGAAGAUUGGAGACAGAGACACGUCAUCUCCGGAUUCAUCGGGAGAGUGAGUGAAGAGAUCUGAAAGAGUCACCCUCCUUCCGAUGGGAACGCUGCAGACAUGGCGUAAAGCUUAUGGAGCCCUAAAAGACACCACCAAAGUCGGCCUUGUCCGCGUCAACAGCGAUUACGCCGAUUUAGACGUUGCCAUCGUCAAAGCCACCAACCAUGUCGAGUGUCCUCCCAAAGAUCGUCAUCUCAGAAAGAUAUUUGCUGCAACGGCGGUGACUCGUGCUCGAGCAGAUGUUGCUUAUUGCAUUCACGCCCUUUCUCGCCGCUUGCAUAAAACCAGAAACUGGACGGUACCCAUUUGCUUUGAGACUCUGUUUGAGUCAAAAAAGCUUAUUGCUUUAUUUGUGUAUUCUCUCUCUCUCUCUCUACAGGUUGCUCUGAAGACGCUGAUUGUGAUUCAUCGACUUUUAAGGGAAGGAGAUCCCACGUUCAGAGAGGAGCUACUUAAUUUUUCGCAGAGAGGGAGGAUUCUGCAGCUUUCUAACUUCAAAGAUGAUUCAAGUCCUAUUGCUUGGGAUUGCUCAGCUUGGGUACGUACUUAUGCGUUGUUUCUUGAGGAGCGGCUUGAGUGCUUCAGGGUUUUGAAAUAUGAUACCGAAGCUGAACGUCUUCCUAAGGCUACCCCAGGGCAGGAUAAGGGGUACAGUAGAACCAGGGAUUUAGAUGGUGAAGAGCUCUUGGUGCAGUUGCCUGCUUUGCAGCAGCUUCUCUAUCGUCUCAUUGGUUGCAGGCCAGAAGGCGCUGCAAACCACAACCAUGUUAUACAAUAUGCACUUGCUCUGGUGCUGAAGGAGAGUUUUAAAGUAUAUUGUGCUAUCAAUGACGGAAUUAUCAAUCUCAUUGACAAGUUCUUUGAAAUGCCAAAACACGAAGCCAUGAGUUCCCUUGAAAUAUACAAGCGUGCUGGUCAACAGGCUCGUAGCCUUUCUGAAUUCUAUGAAGCCUGUAAAGGAUUGGAACUCGCUAGGAAUUUUCAAUUUCCUGUACUAAGAGAGCCUCCACAAUCUUUUCUGAGUACAAUGGAGGAGUAUAUUAAAGAAGCACCGCGUGCGGUAGAUGCCCCAGCUGAGCCACUGCUUCUAACUUAUAGGCCUGAUGAUGGACUUCCUGACGAAGAUCCUGAACCGUCUCAUGAAGAACGUGAAGUUGUGUUGCCUUCAGAUGAUGUCGUUCUUGUAUCUGAAGAUACUGAACUUUCUCCCCCGCCUCCUCCUCCUUCAGCCAGCACUCAGUCUCAGAACAUCAUUGAUACUGAUGAUCUACUGGGUCUGAACUCUGGUGGUCCUGAUGCAUCAGCGAUUGAGAACCAAAAUGCACGUGCUUUAGCCAUAAUCCCAACCGAUGAUAACCCUGCAACACCACGUUUUGGUCACGCAAACGAUUAUGACCCAUCAGGAUGGGAGCUUGCACUGGUAACAACACCAAGCAACGAUAUAUCUGCAGCCACCGAUAGGCAAUUGGGUGGAGGCUUAGACACGCUUACACUGAACAGUCUAUACGAUGAUGGAGCCUACAUAGCCUCACAACGUCCUGUCUACGGUGCACCAGCUCCCAACCCAUUUGAGGUCCAUCAUGACCCUUUUGCAUCAUCAUCUAAUGGCAUUCAGACACCUCAGCAGCCGGCUGUCAACAACCCUUUUGGUGCUUACCAGCCAACUUAUCAUCAUCAGGAACAGCAGCAACUACAGCUAGCACUCCCAAACCCCACAGCCAAUAAUAAUCCAUUUGGUGAUUUCGGGGAAUUUCCGGUUAACCCGGUUUCACAGCAGCCAAAUACGAGCGGGUUUGGUGAUUUUGCGGUUAACCAACCUAAUAAUAACCCCUUCCACAGCACUGGUCUGCUUUGAUUUGUAUCUUCAUUGUUGUUAUUUGUGAGUAAUAUAGAAUCCCACAUGUUUGGUUUGUUCUAUCUGUUAUCUUGUAGAAUAUAUAUAUCAUAUUUGGGAUAUAUGCAUAUAUGAGUCAAUCCCUUUAUUUGCUCAAA